AUGACUGAAGAAACAAGCGCUCGCCCGCUUCCUUUCUUCGCUGCUCAACAACCUUUGAAAACAUUAAACAUCAUGCGCUCGGACAAAGAAACCUAUCCAUUGUAUGAAAAGAAAGUUGUUGGAAACGCUCAAGCGAAGGAUGAACAGAAAAAGGAAGAAAAUCGCAGCUUUACAGGGGCAGUUACCAGCGCUCUUAUGUACGUUCUCGAACCUAUACUACCAGACGAUGGCGUAAAAGGGGAUGGUAAAAUCGCCAGUUUAUUGUACUUGAUUUGUUUAACAACAGCAGGGGUGGUGUUUAAUCUAUCAAAAUGGCUACAAGACGAUUCUAAAGCGGACUCUGGGGUAACGACAGACCACAUUGAUGGAUUUCUUAUCACCUGCAUUUGCCCUGCUCUCUUAUGGAUUUUUUAUAUCUUUUGUAAACAAAAUGAUCGUAAGACAGUAGACUUCAUCACACCUUCGCCUCACUCACACCGCCCUCUCAUGGCCGGAGCUUACGUUUUCGGCGCGGGAAGCUGUGUUAUGGACCUCCUUCAUAUCACAUUUUAUAUUGAAUGUUCAUCAAACCUAUCUAGCUUAUUCUUCUCUAUUUUCAAGGCUGUGUUCAUCUUUGCGCAAAUUCUAUUUUUACGUAAGUUUGCAACAGCCACCCUUCAUAAAUCACCAAGCAUUCGACUUGUACUUUUCCACAUACUUGGCACUAACGUGUGCCUUUGGUUUCGCGCGCUUUUUAGCCACUCGAAAAGCAUCUUUAGCACGCGUAGAACACAAGAAGAUUUAAGUACGCGUGAAGAGAACGCGUGCUUUGCAAAUCACUAUUCUAUGAAGAAGAUUUGGGAAGCGUCAGAACCUUAUUUAUACCCGUUCACAAUGGAAUACUCGCUAAUAGCGGGUGGCAUUCUGUACACCAUGUGGAGCGAGAUGCGAGAUCUGGAUCCCGACCCGCAGGAUAUUUACAUUUAUGACGAGUUGUCGGAUUUCAACACGACUUCGGAUAAUUUAAGUGAACGAUUAGAGAAAUUUGAACACGACCACGGAUACGGAACGUGCGAGGCUGCGACGCCGUCCAAGGAUUCGGUGUCUAGUGGACGUUUUUCCAGUCGUUUUUCAUUGAAUCGAGCCAUGUCGAACUCAUCUAUUUGUCAAUCGUGCGUUGAAAAUCAGGACGCUCUUCGGCUCCAUGCGAUUCCAAGUUCGGACCCAGGCCUUUUAAUCGGGCUGUUGUUCUCCAUCGUUUUGCUACUUGCAGUGGGGUUAUUAUGGGUUGACCACGACUCCAUUAACGCUCUGAAGUUUUAUUACCUUUAUCAAAUUAUCUUGCUCGUGUUUAUGUGCGUGGCAUGUUGGAUUGUGCUGAGAUGCCUUAUGAAUCAAAAGUUUGCUUGGUAUCCAUUUGGAGCAGAUGAUACUUUGCUAAUAGUGUCAUUCACUGGAAUGUUUCUCUACGCUGGUCUGUGCCUUACAGCUGCCAUCGCGGAAAUCAGAAACCAUCGCUACGCUUCAGACUUCUCACUCGCCAAAUCGACGCUUAUUCUCUUCCAAGCAAUGCUACAGGCCACAGCUCUCAUCAAAGCUCUCCGCUUCAGACCGCUCAAGGAACUGGGCGCCAACAUCGUCAGACAAGGAACGCUGUUUCUGCUGACCACCAACGUGGCAUUAUGGGCUCAAGAUUCGUUCUUUGAAAUGAGGAAUUUCUCCACAACCCCAGUACAGACAAUAUUUUACGGUGAGACGUCAUGGAGGGCGAUAACUACCUUAGCUUACCCAUUGUGUAUUUUCUUUCGGUUUCAUUCGGCGGCUUGUUUGUUUGAGGUUUGGUCUUCCUUUAGAGUAAAUAAUUUAAGUUAA